UCCGCCUCCCGCUCCCGGCCCGGCCCGGCCCGGCCCGGCCGCCACUUCCGGCAGCUCUCCUGGGACGCGGCACCCCGGACGCGCUCACCUGCCUCGGGCGCCCGGGCACCAGGAUGAAGGACCGGCUGGAGCAGCUCAAGGCCAAGCAGCUGACACAGGAUGAUGAUGCCGAUGAGGUCGAGAUUGCCGUUGACAACACAGCCUUCAUGGAUGAGUUCUUCUCUGAGAUCGAGGAAACUCGGCUCAACAUUGACAAGAUCUCUGAGCAUGUAGAGGGGGCUAAGAAACUCUACAGUAUCAUUCUGUCUGCACCAAUUCCAGAACCAAAAACCAAGGAUGACCUAGAGCAGCUCACGACUGAAAUCAAGAAAAGGGCCAACAACGUCCGGAACAAACUGAAGAGCAUGGAGAGGCACAUUGAAGAAGAUGAGGUCCGCUCGUCAGCAGACCUCCGGAUUCGAAAAUCUCAGCACUCUGUCCUCUCCCGGAAGUUUGUGGAGGUGAUGACCAAAUACAAUGAGGCUCAAGUGGACUUUCGUGAACGCAGCAAAGGGCGAAUCCAGCGGCAGCUCGAAAUCACCGGCAAAAAGACCACAGAUGAGGAGCUGGAGGAGAUGUUGGAGAGUGGAAACCCUGCCAUCUUCACUUCUGGGAUCAUUGACUCUCAGAUUUCCAAGCAAGCCCUCAGUGAGAUCGAGGGGCGGCACAAGGACAUCGUGAGGCUGGAGAGCAGCAUCAAGGAGCUCCAUGACAUGUUUAUGGACAUUGCCAUGCUGGUGGAGAAUCAGGGAGCCAUGAUUGACCGUAUCGAGAACAACAUGGACCAGUCAGUGGGUUUCGUGGAGCGAGCCGUUACGGAUACCAAAAAAGCUGUCAAGUAUCAGAGUGAAGCUCGGAGGAAGAAGAUCAUGAUCAUGAUCUGCUGUAUCAUUCUUGCGAUUAUCUUAGCUUCUACCAUUGGAGGCAUAUUUGCCUGAAAAAGGUGAGCCAUCUGUGGGGAGGGUCAGGUCUGCUUUCACUUACUUGAAAUGGGUGUGUCCUGAGGGCAUUCCUUGUUUGUCACCAAAGUCUGGGUGGGAUUAGGUAUUAGAAUAGAUGAAGGUUGGAGAAGGCUGAGAGAGAUGCUUCAUAAUGAGAAAAGUGAGUGAGGAUGCAUUGGUAGUAGGUAGAUAAAGAGACAAAGGUGGCAAUCGGGUCUGGUAGAAUGCUUUCUAUGAGGGUGUUAGUCUACUGCAGCAAAAUGUGGGCCUUGCCAUCUAGGAAUGGCCAAGGAUAAAGAAUCAGUUCUUGUAUUAGAAGCACCUUAAACUCUUUGGAAAAGGGCCACAUAGUAAACCUGAUGUAAAUAAAUUUUCUCCCUUAGAAGAUUAGGGCAUAUUAACAUAGCCUGUGAGUAGCCCAUUCCCCCUGCAGAAAAGAGAUUGGUGAUCCUGACCUUGAACAAUUUGCUGUAUAAUCUUUUAUUUCCCCCCUCCACUCUUAUCUCCUUCAGCCCUCACAGAUGGAUCCUCAACUGGCAUUUUUAAUCCUCCGUCCACCUCUGUGGUGCCAUCACUUCUCACUAAGGAUUCCUCAACAGUGACUCCUCUUUUCAUUAUGAAACCUCUUAUGAUACAGGACACCAGUCAAAUACCUACUGAAAGUUAUGCAAAGGGAGACAUUAUGACAAUACAGAGUUAGGCAGUGAGCAGUGGUGGAGUAACAAGGAGUCCAGAAAUACUUAGCAGGUUUGAAGGAACGGACUGCAGGGUAACAGGAAAUAAAGGCAGAUAUUGUAGCAUACCCAGUUCAUCAGGAUCAACUGAUCAGGGUUGGGCACUUUUUACUUCUGCUCUUCUGGUUCUUCUAUGCCUCACUUUUGACCAACCCUACACCUGCUUCCUUCUUCAGGGCCCUCUAGUCUUUAAAGUGAAGUGCCUAAUGAUAGGCACCAGACAUGUCUUGUUCACUGCUGUCCUCAGUGUUUAGCACAGUGCCUGCAAUUUAAGCUCUGGUUUCUAUUCAUGUCUUUGGAUUUGACUCUUAAACAUUUAAAGCAUCAAUGGAAAAUGGUUUGUUAGUAUCAGAGGCUCCAUAAAAUGCCUGGAAUGGGUUGAUCUACUUAUGUAAAAACAAAACAGGAUCCCCCUUACAAAUUUAUACUGUAAAGUCCUUUCGCUGUGGAUGGUGGAGCCAUUAACAGUCUCUCACCCUGUUAAGAUGGUUGGUUCCCAAGGAUUGUGGUUUAAUAACUGAACAUGGAUCCAAAACAAAACAGGUUCAUACUUUGGUUGAACUCCUAACAGUUAUCAGUAGUGUGCUCUAUGAAUCCUAAAAAAGGAGAUGAAGAUGUUAGGUCAGAAAGGUGAAGUGUGGCUAUCACUCACUUUCUUCUUACCUAAUUCACAUUGCUAACUGAAACUGACUUUGUUGUUGGCCAGCAAUGUGUGUACAAGAAAAUGUUCCAGACACUGUCCCCAAUUCAAGGUUCACAUUUCUAUGCAAUUUAGUGAUUAUAUUUCAAGUGAUUAACUAAAAAUACAUUAAAAAUAGCAUACAACUUUUAAGGACCAUACAACUGUUGAGGUAAAUUUGUACUUUUGAAAGUAAAUUAUUUUCUUUGUGGGAGAUGUUAACUUUUUAAGUGAGAUAAAAAUAUUUGACAUUACAUUUUAUCAGUGUGCUUUUUACCCACUUUCAAAAGCAAAUGGCUUAAUGUUUCUAUCAACUUGUAUUUCCUCUAGAGUGAACAAUGGAUAGAAAACUACUGCUGGCUAGUCCUGAAAAGUCAAUUAAUCUUGGCAAAGGCAAAUAAGGAGUUGGAACCAUGGGGCCCUUAUUUAUCCAGCAUUAACUAUUCAAGUCCUGUAUGGCACAUUGCACUGUACUAGAAACUGCAGGGAUACAAAGAUAGAGCCAGAUACUCUUCUUUCUUAAACAAUUUCAGACCUAGGAACGACCACACAAUUCUAACUUUUGUUUUUCAGUUCCUUUUGCUAAAAGGCAAGGGUUUAUUACCAAUAACUGCUCCCAACCCCCAAGAUUGAGAGAAGAUGGAUAGCUAGGCAGGAGUAAAUAUCUGUUGAAUUAA